CAGGCCCCGCGAGCAAAGGGCGAGCGCGCACCGGAGGCGCCAGGGCAAGGCUAUGGAAAAGAGCGCGGCCCGCGGGCUCCUGCUGCUGCUGCUGCUGGGGGGAGUCGCCCGGCUGCUGGACGGGGGCAGCGCGGCUGAUGCCUUCUCUCGACACACCCUCCACUAUUUCGAGACGGCCAUCUGGGAGCCGGGCUGGCAGCUUCCCCAGUUCACCUCUUUGGCGUAUGUGGACGACUGGCUGAUUGGCAGCUACGACAGUCACGCUGACCAGUGCGUGCCUCAGUCGCCCUGGAUAGAGGACAUCAUCCAUGAUGACUCUGACUUCUGGGCAAGGACCACGGGAUGGGACUUCGCCUCAAGCUUUGUCAUGGAUCUGAUGAUUCUGAAGAAUGUUCACAACCAGAGUAGGGGGAUUCACACCCUACAGGUGCUCUCUGGCUGCGAACUGAAUGAGGACAACGGAGCCACCAGAAGGUUUGCGAAGUACGGCUACAACGGGAGGGACUUUCUCAGCUGGGACCAGGAGACGCUCACCUGGACGGCAAUGGAUGCAGAGGCCGAGCCCACCAAGAGGAAGUGGGAAGCCCAGCGGCACCGUGGGAAACUCUGGAAGCAUUUCCUGAACAACACCUGCGUGGAGUGGCUGCACACACACCUGCGCUACGGGAAGGAGACCCUGCUGAAAGCUGAGCCACCAAUGGUUCGCAUAACCCACAAGGCAGGAUCAGAGGGCCUGGAGACUCUCGUCUGCCGACUCCAUGGCUUCUACCCCAAAGAGAUCGAUGUGACAUGGAGAAAGGGCAGGGAAGUCUGGCACCAGGACACCCUGAUGGGGGGUGUCACCCCCAACUCAGAUGGGACUUACCACACCUGGAUAAGCGUUGAUGUUGACCCCAAAGAGAGGGGCCACUACCGGUGCCACGUGGAACACGAUGGCCUUCCAGAGCCCCUGGACUUGGCCUUGGAGGAGCCAGCAUCCAAAGUGGGGCUCAUUGUGGGAGUCCUGCUAGGGGUCAUGGCUGCUCUCAUCCUGGUGGGGGCCGGGCUCACCGUCCACAUCAAAAAGCAACAAGGAAGCACCUACAAGGCAACACCGACAGCAAGUGAGCAUGGAACGGACAGUUCUGUCAGUGCAUGAUUUCCCAUCCGUGUGUGAGAGGGACCGGAAGGAACCCAUCUGGAUCUUCCCAGGAAUACGGGAUCUUCACUCUGAGUUCUUCACCCUUCUUUAGCAAAAGAAUUUACUUGAUUUGUAGUAGCUGGCAGAACCUGGAGUGGGGGGAGAAUCUUUUUCUGAUGGACUUAUUUUUUUCCUGCCUACGGGUUUGGGAUGGGAAAUUCCCCCCUCCUUUCUUCUUACUUUGAAGCAUAAAUAUCUAGCCAGCGUGAUCACACUUCUGGGUUUCAGAUGAUCUUAGAAAACUCUUGAGUUCUGCCAAAGUUUGGAAACUCAAGCUUUGGCCUUUACAGAGGGCUUGGUUUGGUAACAUUAAGGUAAUUAAUACAUUAUCGACAUUAACCUUACCGCAAAAAUAUCCCAAGAAACUGGAAGCUUUAGGAGAACCUGAAAUUCUUUGUGUUUCCUAAUAUGGCAUUAUGAAUAAAAUCAUCUUGAUCAAACCGAUUCUGACGUUUGAAACAGAGAGCCAGUUUGGUGUAGUGGUUAAGUGUGCGGACUCUUAUCUGGGAGAACCGGGUUUGAUUCCCCACUCCUCCACUUUCACCUGCUAGCAUGGCCUUGGGUCAGCCAUAGCUCUGACAGAGGUUGUCCUUGAAAGAGCAGCUGCUGUAAGAGCUCUCUCAGCCCCACCCACCUCACAGGGUGUCUGUUGUGGGGGAGGAAGGGAAAGGAGAUUGUGAGCCGCUCUGAGACUCUUCGGAGUGGAGGGCGGGAUAUAGAUCCAAUAUCAUCUUCUUCUUCUUCUUUACAUAGCUUGUAUCACAUAACUUUAUGAUUUUCUUUGCCAAAGAAUGAUAUCAGAUUGCAUUUUUUCCUUUGUAUGUGUUACAGAUCUCUUCUAUCGUUUAAAUUUCUUUUAAUAAAAAAGCAAAAACUCCGUGUGAUGAA